AUGGGAUCAAUAGUUGAUGAGAAACAAAAGGAGAGAAUCAAAGAACUGCUGAAGCUACCUGAGAAUGCUAUAUGUGCAGAUUGUGGAUCACCGGAUGUUCAGUGGGCCAGUAUAAAUCUCGGUGUAUUUAUUUGUAUAGUUUGUGCUGGUGUACAUCGACACCUCGGUGUGCAUAUAUCACGUGUUAAAUCAGCCAAUUUAGACUCUUGGAAAGAGUCAGAGGUUGACAUGAUGGAAUCGACAAACAACGAGAAAGCAAAUCGUGAAAUAUGGGAGGCUGCACUACCUCCAGGCUUUAUAAAACCAACCUAUGGUGAUUCAAUAGGAUUAAAAGAACAAUGGAUAAUAGCCAAAUACUCUAAUAAAUCAUUUUCACCACCAAAUACAAAAGAUGCAAAAAGAAUUAAUUUUGAAGUAAAAGAAGGAUGGAUUGUAAAAAAAGGAGAAGUUGUAAAGAGUUGGAAAAAGAGAUGGCUGAGACUGAUCGACGGUGAAUAUUUAUAUUACUAUAAGGGACCAACAGAGAAAUCACAUUGUGGUUUCAUAUCGCUGAGGGAGAGUGGACAGAUAGACUCGGUGUCAGAGGUAGACAGCAAACCAUAUUGUUUCAUAAUUUCAACACCCAAAAGACGUUAUUUAAUUAGCUGUAAUACAGGUGAAGAUAUGUUUCGUUGGAUCGAGGUUUUAAGACAGGCCGUUAUCAAUAUGCCACCUGGCACUGCAAGCAACGGUGGUUCUGGAAAAAUACCAAAAAUGUCCUAUUGA